UGUUUUCCAACAUGAAUCACAUUAUAAUAGUACGAAGUUAUAAGCCAGGCGAUGAAAUUAAUUGUAAGGAGUUAGUGAAAGCGGGCGUAAUGUCUUCUCUAAGUUCGACGUUUUUGGGAAUUGUAUUUAAAGAAUUGACUUUUCAAUUGAUGAUAUUGUUUGCCGCUAUAAUGUUUAUUUUUUUUGGAUUGCCCUUGACAGUUUGCAUUUUAGUUAUUCCUCUCGUCAUUUUUUUGGUAUAUGUUGGAACUUAUAUAGCUUUUACUGUGAAAACUAUAGAAGUUAAUGAAGAAGUUUCUAAUAUACCAAGGAUUUAUAUGUCUAAUGCCUUUUCAUGCUUUUGGGUUGCUGAAGCAUUUGAACCUUACCUAAUGACACAUAAUCCAAAGAAUGUACAUUAUACCAUAAUGACAGAACAACAAUUUCGACAUUCAAACAUUGACAUUUCAUCUCAGAUUAAGAAGAUUGUAGGAACUGUUGCUUUGUGUAAAAGCUAUAGAUUAGAUAAAGGUGCAUGGAUCAAAAGGCUCUAUGUACAUGAGCGAUAUAGAAGAAAAGGAAUAGCUUCGUGCCUUAUAAAUGUUGCUGUGCAGUUUGCUAUUACUGAAGGAUACAGUUGUGCUAAUCUUGUUGCUUCAGAAUAUACGGAUGGUGGGAGAGAGCUAUCUCUUAAGAAAGGUUUUGAAUUGCAACAAAUGUACCACAAACCAAUUUUGGGCUCACUUAUAACUGUGUUAAUGUAUGAAUUGACAUAUCAAAUUAAACCUGGUGAAGCUGAUUAUAUGCCUGUAGUUUACACUAGAUCAAUGCUUAAUAAAUAAACAUUUAGAAUUAGGUUUAGAAGAAUUAAAUCUAAAAAGAAAGAAUUAGAUCUGAUAUUUUUUUAAAUACACAACCAGAUUUUUAUAAAUAUUUUAGUCUGAGACCAUAUCUUCCAAAACAUAUCUAAAGAUUGCAUUUAUAGUUUAGUUUAUUAAAAUAUUUGUGUUAUAUAAAGUUAAAUAUACUAAAAAUAUAGUUUUUGUAAAAAAUUUAUUAUACAAAUUUAUUAGUAUAUUAGCAUUUAACAUAUUAUAGAAAACGAUAUUAACAGUAUAAUGAUAUUAUGUGCAAAAAAAUAUAUUUCUCUUAUUUUUUCAUAUA